AUGAAAUUGAAAAAUGAUGACCACCAUAAAAGGUCCUGUAUUCAAAAUACUCAACGAAUCUUCUAUGGACAACUGCUCUUUGUGAUGACUUUCCUGGCAGUCAUUAUUGGAUUUGUAGUAGGGUUCGGAAUUCGUGAAGCUAGACCUUCUGAGGACGUGAUACAUUGGAUCGGUAUGCCAGGAGAUCUCUUCAUGCGGUCGCUGAAAAUGAUGAUUGUUCCUCUCAUUGUUACCAGUGUCAUAAACAGUACAGCUUCACUAGAUCCAAAAUCCAACGGUAGAGUUGGCAUGAUAUCCAUCACAUACAUAUUUCUUACCAACAUGAUGGGAUGUUUGAUUGCCAUAACACUAGUGUACAUCAUUAAACCAGGACGAAUCAACCUUGAACAUGACAAGAAAGUAAUGGUAAACCAAAUUCAACCACAGGACAUAUUUGCAGAUUUACUAAGAAAUAUCAUACCAGAUAACCUAGUAGAAGCAACUUUUAGAAAAACUCAAACAAAAUUAAAACCAGGAAUUGUUCGGAUGGAACCAAAGAAUCUCGGUAAUGUUACAAAUGGCACUGCUGAUGUAAAGCAAACAAUGGAAAUGGUGAAGAAUGUCGGCAAAUCAGACGGACCCAACAUACUUGGACUGAUAUUGGCCUGCAUGUUCAUAGGAAUUGCUGCUGGGAGAUUUAGAGAAAAAGCCAAAACUUUCCUGAACUUCUUCGAAAUCAGUGCUGAAAUUGUGCUGCAAAUUCUUCGCUGGUUUAUCUGGUUGACUCCGGUAGGCGUAGCCAGUCUUAUAGCCGCUUCCUUUGCAGGUACCCGUGACGUCAGCGAGACGUUCAUAAGUCUUGGGUACUUUGUGUUGGCAGUUACCUUGGGUAUCCUUUUUAUUCAAGCCAUUCUUCUUCCUCUAAUAUAUUAUGCUCUCAUUCGAAAAAAUCCCUUUUAUAACAUCUUCUGCAUAAAGCGAGCUUGGCUGAUGGGAUUCUCUUUCGCUUCAUCGACUCUUGCAAUCCCUGACUUGUUGCAUGCAUGUGAAAAUAUAAUGAAAUUCGACAAACGCAUUACACGCUUUGUCAUACCUCUUUGUUGUACAUCGAAUACAGAUGGGAGUGCCUUGUUCAUAUCAGCAGGUGCUAUGUUCAUUGCAAAUGUGUCCGGGUAUAAUUUGACAUUUGGAAAUGUGAUCAUAAUAGGAAUUUUGACAACUUUAUCAUCACUCUCCUUACCAGGAUUGCCGAGUGCUAGCAUGGUAGCUCUGGUCAUGGUACUUUCUGCCAUUAGUGUACCUGUACAGGAGGUUUCUUUGUUGUUUGCCGUUGAAUGGUUUCUCGACCGCCUUAGAACAGGAGCAAAUGUUGAGAGCCAUUUUGUCUGCGCUGCAGUCACGAAUCAUUUCUGUAAACGGAAAUGCGACUUGAAGGAGGAAAAUGUCGAAAACAAUCCGGAACCAGACAUUGAAAUCAUUGUCCAGUCAGAUGAAGAAGAAUAUAUCCACAAUGUUUAAUUCUUUAAUAUAUUUCCCGUCCCAAACAACCGAUAUUCAAUUUCACAAGACAUCCUUUAAAUCCACUCCUUUAAUGAUUAUUUUUCAUCCAAAUUCAGAGAAAUUGAAUAUGCAAUAAAA